UCGGUAAAUUGAGGGAGAGAAAGAAUUAAGCAUGGCGGAAGAGGGUAAUGGUGUUGAUAGUCUUGUAGAAACAUUAACUGAGAAUCCCAGUGAAAAUGGGCCAGUUAGAAAUGAAAUGGACUCUAAAGCAGGCGGAGAUGUAUCUGAAAACUUGAAGCAAGGAAACGAGGAACCUAAAGAUUCCGAGAUAUUGUUUCUACCUGGAAGUCAGCAGAAAAAGAUGAAAAAGAAAAAGAAAAAAUCGAAAGAUUUUGCCCCUGAAGUUGUUGAAUCUCCUGAUAUGUCAGCUGCUGACCUAAGGGGUCUUUCAGCAACUAAAUUGCAAGAAAUCAAAAAGGCUAUGGAACUUUUGAACCUAAAUAUGAUUCAUCAGGGUCCUGCAAAAACGCAUGAAGAAGCAGCAAGGAAACAUUUUGAAUUUUGGGACACUCAGCCAGUACCAAAAAUAGGAGAUGAAAUAAGCCCUGAUGCAAAUGAACCAAUAGAGCCAGAUAAGUGUAUUGAAGAUAUAAGAAAAGAACCUCUUACUUUACCUCAAGGGUUUCAGUGGGACACUCUUGAUAUUGAUAAUGCCAAUGUGUUACUGGAACUUUAUACUCUUUUAAAUGAAAAUUAUGUUGAAGAUGAUGAUAACAUGUUUAGGUUUGAUUAUUCUCCAGGUUUCCUGAAAUGGGCUUUGCAGCCUCCUCACUGGCAAAAGCAAUGGCUUUGUGGUGUACGAGUUGUGAAAAGUAAAAAACUUAUAGGUUUUAUAAGUGCUGUUCCAGCAUUGAUUCGAAUAUAUGGAAAAAAGCGAAAAAUUGUAGAAAUUAAUUUCCUCUGUGUUCACAAGAAACUGCGAUCAAAAAGAGUUGCUCCUGUUUUAAUUAGAGAGAUUACUAGGAGGGUAAAUUUAGAAGGAAUUUUUCAAGCUGUGUAUACUGCUGGAGUUGUUCUUCCAAAACCUAUAGGCACAUGCAGAUACUGGCAUCGUUCAUUAAAUCCUCGUAAACUUAUAGAUGUGAAGUUUUCACACUUGAGCCGUAACAUGACUUUACAACGAACUUUAAAACUGUAUAAAUUGCCUGAGACGCCAAAAACACCUGGCUUUCGGGUUCUAGAAGAAAAAGAUGCAAAACAAGCUUGUGCUUUACUUUCUGAGUAUUUAUUAAAAUUUGACCUUGCACCUUCCUUUACUGAAGAAGAGUUUCGAUAUUGGUUUCUUCCUCGUGAAGAUAUAGUUAACAGCUUUGUUGUUGAAUCAAAUGGAACCAUAACUGAUUUUGUAAGUUUUUACACCUUGCCUUCGACUGUCAUGCAUCAUCCAGUACACAAAAGCCUAAAAGCAGCAUAUGCCUUCUAUAAUGUAGGCAAAGGAACACCUCUUACAGACCUAAUGCGUGAUGCACUCAUAGUAGCAAAAAAUAUGGGAUAUGAUGUUUUUAAUGCCCUAGAUUUAAUGGAAAAUAAAAUUUUUCUAGAACCUUUAAAAUUUGGAAUAGGUGAUGGAAAUUUGCAGUAUUACUUAUACAAUUGGCGAUGUCAAGCAAUGGCGCCAAAUCAAAUUGGACUUGUUUUGCAAUAGAACUCAAGCAAUAUAUUUAGUGUUCAAAAGUCAUACAGAACAUAUCACAUAUGCUUUUUACAUGAAUUUUCUUGGGAAAGAAGCAGCAUGAAUUCCUUUUAUAAUGAUAGCUUCUAUACAUCUGCCUUGAAAAGAUAUGGACCAGUGUGCAAAGUAUGGUGCAUCAUCAAAGACAAAGAUGUAUUUACUUGCUGCAUAAAGUUUCUGCACAAGAAUUAGUGAUAUGUUCUAAGUAGUAAUAAGACAGCUAAAAGUGCUAAUUAACUUAUCUGCUGUGAGAUAUUUUUAUUCUCACAGUGGGUCACAUGUACAGAAGUGAUAUAUUCCAGAUAAAAAUACAUUAUUAUCUGUGAUUCAUGAUAUUCAUAGACUUAAUGUAAUUAUAUAUAUUAUAUGCAAAUUUCACUUCAACAAAUUUACUAGCAUGUUUUUGAUUUAUUUUCUUCUCUUAAAGGUUUCUCAUUUUAUUUUUUAAUACAUUUAUGUGUAAAUUUGCUAAAACAAAAUUAAAAUUGUUUAAAUAAAACUUUAUUGAAGUGUACAUUUUAAAGAUGUAGUAUAACCAUUUCAAAGUAAUAAACAGAACUGAACUACUUAAUCGUACAUGAUAAAAAAUAACGUAUAUUUUUCCCCCCCAUAAGCAUUUGAAUUUAUGUUUAUGGUUUACCCAGUUUUUAAUUGUUACCGUAAAAAUCAAAUUGGAAAUGCUGAAACAAAAAUUAAGAUAAUAAUUUAUAGAGAAACUGAAAAAUGUAUUAUAUAAUAAUUCUCUUUGAGUUGUAUGUCAGAGUAUUAAUUCCUUUUCUUGGCGUGACAAAAUUUUGUGCUCUUUCCUUAAGUCUUUUUAAGUACAUAUUUAUAUAAAUUUUAUGCAAAAUGUUUGGAAGUUUCAACUAAUUGAAAUUUUAUGAAGAAACAAUUUGUCAAAAUCUUUUUUGCAUACUUUCAAGCUAAUAAUAAUUCAGAAGUCAGUUGUAUCCAGGAAUUUGUAUUUUAAAAAUUGUGACUUUAUUUCUGAAAUACUGUUCCAAAAGGCAAGAUACUCAUCUAGUAUUCUGCUGAAGCGAGAUGCUAAAAUUUAUUGAUUUGACCCUUACAUGCGUGAUGUUACACUAGCAUCCAUUUACACACCUUUAAUCCAUUUACACAUCUUAAAUUUAUUAGUGUUGAUUUAAAAAAUGAAAAAAGGUUAAGCAUUGGUAGACAGUAUUAAAAAAAAAAGUGGUGGGGCUGGGGGUGUAAAUUACUGACACACUUUAGUGAUAAUUAUUAGUUCUAUAUGCAUUGGAAAACAUUCACCAGAAAAUGGAAAAUAUCAGAGGUGUUGUUCAAACAGAUAUAUUGGUGUUAAAUUAUGAAAUGAGCAGUAGAAAAUUCUGCGUGAAAAAUACCCCAAGCAAUUUUUGUGAACUCUGCUUUAAUUACAUAAUUAUUAACUAAAGAGUUCUCUUUCAUGUUGUUAGUAUUGAACUGGGUCAGUUAAAAUAGAUUCUAAGAGCUAAUAAUAAUUAAAUGUAAUUUUUUUCAUAACAAUAAUCUGUUAAUUUGACAUACUUGGAAGAAAAGAAAUUCUUUAUUUUUAAUUUCCAAUUAACAGCAUAGAAGUAACAAUAAGGUUUAAAAGUUUUUAGAAUUUGUUUAUUUGAGAUAAAUUUAACAGUAAUGUGAUUUAAUCUAUAUUAUGAACUGUUGAUUUUAGGAAUUUACCUAAAUUACUAACAGUUAUUAAAAUUGAGAGGAUAAAUGAGGAUAGCAUUUAAGAAACAAGUGCAGUUUGCACUCAUAGUAUUUAUGUGAUAGACUCCAAAGGUUUAAUUUUUUAUUUUUUCAUAAUUACACUUUGAUAGCAGAUGAUUUCACAAAGUUAGUGCUUGCAAGCACUGUAGAAUUAUUAUCUGCUGAGAAAAAAAAUAUUAGUCCUGAUUUCGUGAUUCAUUAUUUCAGGAUUCAAGUUCAGCAUUUUUGUCAUUGGCUAAUUCUUUUAGGGGUGGCUGUGUGUUCUCAUCUUCACUUGAAAGCCUGAAAAAUAAUCAAAAGCUUAACAAUUCCUAUUUAUUUAUUUCCGUGUGGUAGCAUUAUCUUUAAUGAAUGUUGGGUAUUGAGAAUUAUUUCAUGGUAGAAUGUAUAAAAUGCAAUUAUUGCAGUUUCAAUAUGCCAGUAUGUUGAUCUUAUCAUAUUUUCAAAGUGCAAAGUAAUCCUUUUCAAAAGCACAUACCUACAUUUUUAUUUAAAACAGUGGGGGAAAUUGGUUUGAUUGGCUACAAAUGCAACUCACCUAACUUGAAUCUAUGAGGUCUAGGAACUCAGCUUGAAUUACCAGAAGGCCCACAACUUUUAAGUACAAUAUUAGGGAAAAUAUUAAUUUCUUUUCAAAUAAUUGUUGGUCCAUCUAUCUUAAUUACUUUCUAUGAAAUUUGCCUCUCAUUCAAGCUUUUAAUGUUUGCAUGAUGUGUAAGAUGGGAUGCUAAAAGCAUCCUACCAUGCAUUUUUUAAUAAUAAUAAUAAAAAGAUGAUGUGUCUCUUAACUUUUCAAAUUAGUUUCAACUUAUAAUUCUUUAAUUAACUCUUUUAAGAAUGAAUGUUUUUCUCAAUAAAAAUAUAUGUAAGAUUUCUCGAUAAAUUUUUUCCCUUGAAAAAAAGUCAUUCUCAGCUACAUUAAAUAAUCUCCAGAAAGUCAACACUUUAGCCAUUCUUCUGUCUAUUCAUCUGAUGGUAAAUAUGUCAUUUUUAAUUUUUUCGAACCAAAUAACAAAUACUCAUUUCAUCUCUGGAAAUUUCUUUUGCUAGAAUCAUUUUCAGAAAGGUGCAAAUCUGCUGCUAGUGCUGCCAACAGGAGCAAGCUUUUGUUGAGAAAUAAUAGUUGAUUUUAGCAAAUUUUAAAAAAUCGUGUAUGUUUGAUAUUUGUAUUUUCAGUAAUUUGUAGCUAUCUUUUGUUGGGGAUUGUUAAUUGCAUUUGGAAAAAUUUUUAAAAAUCAUAUAUUUGAGGGCAGUUUUAGUAUUAGUCAAAUUAUGAGCAUCCAUGUUGAUUUUCUAACUAUGCCAGUUCAUGAUCUAGAAUAAUUAUGUUCAUGUAAUUAAAAAAAGAAUCAUACAUAUUCCAAAUCCUCUGUUGUUUGACUUUUUUCAUAUCUUUAUCAAGAUUCUCUUGCAUUUUUUCUUAAAAUACCAUAAGUAAAUUUUAAGGCAUUGAGUAAAUACAUUCUAAAACUUAUAAAACUUUAAAAAAAAAGUAUUUAUGAAAAGAAAAAAGUGUCAUUUUGUAGUAGCUUUCCUUUAUUUGAUAGUUGACAAACAUUCCCAAGUCAUUCUUAUAUAUUUUACAUGAAAAGCACAUAGCUGCCUACUCUACAAAUAGAUCACCAGUAAUCUUAGUUUUUAAUUAUUAGUCGUUAUUAAGAAAAUGUUUCUUGACAAUAAAUCAAAUUUAUUGAAUUAAUGAAACUUAAAUUAUGCAAAUUUCAGUCCCUUGACCCUGGGGAUUUUCAGCAUAAUUUUUCUUACUAAAUUUUAUUUGAUCUGUCUUCACAUACUGUAGAUGUGGGUUCUUAACUUGUAUGAAGGGGGGAAUGUGGUCAGCCUUUUAUUUAGCUGUUAAAUAUUUAGUUCAUGAAUAUAUAUAUAUAUAUAAUAAAAACUACUUUUAUUCAAGUUUAGGUAUUUAUCAACAUCUUCUAUGCUGUUAGUUGUUUUAUUUAUAAAACAUAAUAGAAAAUAAUAUAAAUCUAAAUAAAUGCAUGUAUGUAUUUUUCAAGUUUAAAAACAAAGGGGGAUGAUCUAGCAAUGCUAAAAGGGGUGCAUGGGAUAAAAAGUUUGCUGUAGGCCUUUGUGAAGAUUCAGCCAAUGGUCAAUCUGUUAAUAUUUUUAUUUAAUUUUGUUUUAUACCAGUGAGUGAUACAUUAAAGUUUAUCCACAAAAUAGAAUUACAUUAAUUAUUAACUUUGUUUUUUGUCAUAUUUAAAAGUACUUAGACAAAUGAAACCUUCUUGUUCCAUACUGAAGAUUUUGUAAGCAUAAAAGUGUAAAACAAUUACAAAAUGAAAUUAGUCAAAGGACAUAAAAUUUAGAUUAUCUAAUUAAAUAUAAAUAUAUUUUAUAUCCGAAUCAUAUUACAAGUAGUUCAGUAAUCUGAAUCAUGUAAUAUAAAGAAAAUUUUAGACAAUUUUGUAUUCUUUGGUCGUGCAGUGCAGCUGUAGAUACAUUUGAAGCCUUAUUUAAUUUCUCACAUCACGUUAGAUUACAUUACCAGAUUCUUCAUCACACAUUUUGCUGUACCACAUUGAUCACACACUCAGCUAGUCAAACUCACUUCACUGCAAAUGUGUAUAAGUGCGAAGGCCAUUGUUUCGAAAAGGAAUCAUCUAAUAACUGAAUUUUGAAUGGAGAUCCCACUUGAACUUUUGGGCCAGUAUGUUCUGUGCUUGUUGGAUGAUCUCAGACUUGGUUGUACAAACUGAAGAAAAUGAGUUCUAUUGUUACAACACCAUUAUUCUUCCAUCAGUAUUCUUCAAAGUACACUAUCAAAUUCAACAGUUUUGUGCUAUCAGUUUUAUAGAAGUAACUUUCUUUGUCUUCAUUUAUCAAGUUGGAAGGUCAGAUUUGGAGAAAUUUAAUUCAACUACUUUGAGAAAUCUUAGGCAUUUGAAGAGAAGCAGUGAAAAGAGAUUGAAAUUUCAAGCAAGUGAAAGAGAGCUUCAAAUUUAUGUUCAUAAAGCUGAGAAGGAUUUUUAGAACAUUCUCAAAGAAUUGCAUUCUAAAUGCAUUUUCAAUUGAUUUAUUAUAAUGGAAGAGAUAAUCUAUCUCUGUUACUUUGAACUUAGAUUUCAUAUGAGAGUUACUUCAUAUACUGUAUUUUGCUAGUUACUGUUAAACUACGUUGUGCUAUGAGGCCUUUUUUGAGUUAUGAAUAUUGCAGGAUAAGACUGAAUUAUUUAAUCAUGGCGAGGCAAAUUUUGGAUUAAGAUGCCUUCUUAAUGAACUUUCUGAAGGAAAUUGGCUUAUACAUUGCACAUGAAAAAAACCACUUGCACUUUGUAGACAAGCUUUUUUGUUGUUUUGUAAAGAGAAUGAUGUGACCAUGUCAUGUGUAUAAUGGAUGUUGUAGAGAAACCUAUAUUCUGGAAAAUCCAAUAUUCCAUCAUUCUUAUUUUUUCACACAGCAGGCAGUAAUUCCAAGAAAGUUUUAGAAGCUAAUUCUAAAAUUGCAGUGUUCCACCUGUUCUAUUUCACAAAAUAGGCUGAAUUUGUUAUUUUGAUUUCAAGAUUUGUAUUUUUAAUAUGCCUUGCAGACUUUUAAGACUAUGUGCAUUUAAUCUGUAUAAUUAAUUCUUAAUGCCCUAACUUUUGUCUGUAGUCUGGGGUGAGUAGCAAAUAGGAUUAUUGCCAUGGUUUCCUAUGUAAAUAAAGGCUUAAUGAAAAUAAAAUUUGUGUAUUUUAUACAUUUAGGCUGUAAUGUUAGUGUGGAUGGUCACAAAAUGUGAAAAGUUUGAUUUUUAAGAUAUCCAGGUUUCAUAUUCACCAAUUAAAACAUUUUUAUUUACAUUAGCAAAUUAAUUACUUAAAUGUAUUAUGUUGAUUGGAAUGCGAGAGACUGUGCCUAAUGCAUACUCCAGUACUUCAUUCCAGCUCCUCCUUGAGUCAAGCCAUCAAAAUGAAUUUUUAGAGUGAAUUUUUUUAUCAUUUAGAUCUGACAACUUGUGAAACUUAUCUGCGAAAGGAUCUGUUUAUGUAUCUUAUUGGAAUAAAUAGUAUAUUUUAUGGUUAAAUAAUUAAAAAA